UUAGUCUGUGACCGUCCGGUGGAAAGUCGAUAGCGGUGUUUACUCAAGUACAAAGGUGACAUACAUUUAUGGUUCUUUUCGUUAGUUGACGUCGAUCCGCGUGAACGUAACGCACAGACAAAAACCGAUCCCCACCGCCUCUGCUUGGAGUCGUAAUAAGUCGAGGUCUCGGCGUUAGUGUCGUUUUUGGAACGUUUUAAAGCUGGACACCAACAUUGUUAGGAGACAAGAGAAAGGACUACUCACCAUGGGUCUUCCACGAUUACAGGAUAAUGCGGGAGAUAAUCAACAGAAAAAGAAGUACAAGAAGCAGAACAGCGGAAAUAGAAUUCGUAGGGGAAGCGGUAAAAAUGACCAACGCACUAUAGCGAACGUGCGAGAGAGACAGAGAACGCAAGCACUGAACGAUGCAUUUCACAAACUAAGAAAGAUCAUUCCUACACUACCAUCAGAUAAACUUUCUAAGAUUCAGACUCUACGUCUUGCCGCACGCUAUAUUGAUUUCUUGUGUCAAGUCCUUGGAAACAACGAGAAGCAUCCAGGAUCUGCGUUGAGUUCUUCUUUUAUUGCUCACGAGCGGCUCUCCUACGCGUUUAGUGUUUGGAGAAUGGAAGGAGCGUGGUUUCAGCAGCAGUGACGAAAGAGAGCAAGUCUGGUAGCACAGGACAAUCAGAGAAAAGUUAACGUGCUUGACUAUUUUACUCCCUGUUGAGUUGAUGGGCUGUUUCGUUUUAGAAUCACAGCAGUUCUACAUGCAACGAGGGUCAAGAGAACUUAAAUAACGAGUCAGAAUAAUAUAAGGACUGUAUGGACUCAAUUCAUAAAUGAAUACUGUAAAUACGAGUCAGACUGGACAGCCUUUGAAGUGAGAGAAUAACAGGCAAAAUAAACACUUAUUGUUGACUUUGAGCAACGCUGAAAGUUGUGCUUCUAAUGUUCAAGUUGAAAAUCUGGUUUUCAUCUGUUUUGUCUUUAAUUUCUCUUGUUAAUGAGCUUUGUAUUUGAGCACUUGAAAUUAUCAUUUCAUCUAAUCUAACUUCUUGAUAUAGCACGCGAAAGAUUAAAACGACUUCUCUUCUGAGUCAUGUACAUAUGUAGAAAAUUUGAUGUUGAAACGUAAAGUAUUUUUCGUUUGGAAGUUAUCAUAGGUGCAACAACUGAAGGUACUCUUAGCUUGUUGUUUAAAUCUAGCCUUGUUUUCUUCUUUGUGUUCUCGUUCACACUAUUGUAAAUACCUCAUAUGAUUUGAGGAAUGUGUCGAGACAUCGCAAAACUCGUCAGAGAGAGAGAGACCCGGACAACCUAGUUUAUUGUCUGCUAAUUUUUGGCUGAGUCAAUCGAGAGCUCCAGAUAUGAAAGCAUCGAAUAUGUUAGCUUGUAAUCAGAUAAUUGUCAAUAAAAAUGKUUGUACUUCGA